CGUACGCGGCUUCCUUCAUAAAACAUUCUAUCCCGUUCCUUCGGAAGUCUCGCAUUUUCGUCGGAAAAAAUGGCUACUACGCACUACCAUUGCUCCUCAAGCUUGGUAUUGCGUUCAAACCCUUCGAUCCAUUUGGUUCACAAUUCGAAGCUAACAAACCCCAACAAUUCAUGGCUAGGAGCCAAAAUUAGGGUUCAACCUCUCAGUGUAAGACCUCCCGUGUCCGUUUUACACCGCCGGCCCGUCGCCGUCGCCGCUUCCGUUUCCUUCAGCCUCCCCACCCCAAAUCCAGAGCGUGUUUCUCCUGGCCAGGAAAUUCCCAAAUGGUCUUCUAAGGCUGUAAAGUCAUUUGCAAUGGCUGCAGUGGAGGCGAGGAAACUCAAGUUUACUACUACGGGAACUGAAGCCCUUCUCAUGGGGGUUCUUGUUGAGGGCACUAAUCUGGCUAACAAGUUUUUGCGAGCCAACGGAAUUACACUUUUCAAGGUCCGAGAUGAAAUUGUGAACGUGCUUGGAAUAGCUGAUAUGUUUUCACUAUCCCCUGAGCGUCCUCCAAUCACUGAUGAUGCUCUGAGGGCCCUUGACUGGGCUCUUGAAAAAAAAUUAAAAUCAGGCGAUGGCGGGGAAAUAACCACAGCACACAUAAUUCUUGGCAUUUGGUCUGAAGAGCAUUCCCCUGGUCACACGAUACUUUCCAACCUUGGCUUUAAUGAUGAAAAAGCUAAAGAGCUGGAGUCCUCUAUUUCUAAAGCUGCUGCUAAUGAUGAAUAAUAGUUACUUAAUGAUGAUUUAGUAAUUUUUUUUGCUAUUAGUGAGAAUUGAUGCCAUUGUUGUACAAUAGAUCAACAGGUUGUUCCACCUAUUGCAGAAGUCAUAUUUUCAAUUGGAAAAUGACCCUUCCCCCCUUCA